AUGUGCCAAAUUCGUGCUUCAAUUAACUUUACUCAACGAAAAAAACCAUACAAGCCUUCUAAUAAUCCAGCAUAUCAAAGUGUUGAACCUGAACAAGCUGAACAAAAUGAAUUAAACGAUCAAGGUGAAUUGGAUAAAGAAAACAAUUCUGAAGAAGAUGCUGAAACUAAUAUAUCAGAUACAAUGGCAUGGGAAAGUCGAUUACAAGA